AUGGAAGGCGUUCACACAAAGACGGCCGAAGAGGUUAUGAAAUACUUCCAGGUAGGACCAUAUGGACUUACCGAGGAGCAAGUCAUAGCUAAUCGUGAAAAAUACGGCCCCAACGAGUUACCCACGGAAGAGGGUAGGAAGCUAUGGGAAUUGAUACUGGAACAGUUUGACGAUCUUUUGGUUAAAAUAUUGUUAUUAGCAGCCAUCAUUUCUUUUGUAUUAGCGUUAUUUGAAGAACAUGACGACCAAACUUCUGCAGUAACAGCAUUUGUUGAGCCCUUUGUUAUAUUGCUGAUCUUGAUCGCGAAUGCCACAGUCGGUGUUUGGCAGGAGAGGAAUGCUGAAAGUGCAAUCGAAGCUUUAAAGGAGUAUGAGCCUGAAAUGGCCAAAGUUAUUAGAGAUGGCAAAACUGGUAUUCAAAUGAUUCGUGCUAACGAACUAGUUCCUGGAGAUCUUGUUGAAGUGUCCGUCGGUGAUAAAAUUCCCGCGGAUUUGAGGCUAAUCAAGAUUCAUUCAACCACAAUCAGAGUUGACCAGUCAAUUUUGACUGGAGAAUCAGUAUCAGUUAUAAAGCAUGUUGAUGUUAUUCCGGAUCCAAGGGCCGUUAAUCAAGAUAAACGGAACUGUUUGUUUUCUGGCACUAAUGUUGCUUCAGGAAAGGCUAAAGGUAUUGUUUUUGGGACGGGAUUGAAUACCGAAAUUGGAAAAAUCCGUACCGAAAUGGCAGAAACUGAGUCUGAUCGUACUCCUCUGGAGCAAAAACUUGAUGAAUUUGGUGAACAGUUGUCAAAGGUUAUUUCCAUCAUAUGCGUUUGUGUUUGGGCAAUCAAUAUAGGCCAUUUCAACGACCCAGCUCACGGUGGUUCCUGGGUGAAAGGGGCAAUUUAUUACUUCAAGAUUGCUGUAGCUUUGGCUGUCGCAGCUAUCCCUGAAGGUUUACCAGCAGUUAUUACCACCUGUCUUGCUCUUGGCACUCGACGUAUGGCCAAGAAAAACGCAAUUGUUCGUUCCCUUCCUUCCGUUGAAACUCUUGGAUGCACUUCUGUGAUUUGCUCAGAUAAAACUGGUACGCUGACUACUAAUCAGAUGAGCGUCUCAAAAAUGUUUGUUGCUGACAAACUUCUUGGGGACGAUGACAUCCAGUUUAAUGAAUUCACAAUUACCGGCUCAACCUAUGAACCGUCAGGACAGGUAUAUCAUCACGGACGACAUGUAAAUUGUGCCAGCGAAGAAUAUGAAGCUCUUUGUGAAGUUGCAACAAUUUGUUCGCUUUGCAACGAUUCUGCUGUAGAUUACAACGAAACGAAAAGGGUGUAUGAAAAAGUUGGUGAAGCAACAGAAACAGCAUUGGUUGUUCUCGCUGAAAAGAUGAAUGUGUAUAACACUAAUAAGACAGGCUUAUCGCCACGCGAUCUUGGAAAUGUUUGCAACAGGGUAAUUCAACAGAAAUGGAAAAAAGAAUUCACUUUGGAAUUUUCGCGUGAUAGGAAGAGUAUGAGUGUUUACUGUGUACCUUCAUCAGGUGGAAAUUCUCCAAAAAUGUUCGUUAAAGGAGCACCAGAGGGUGUAUUAAACCGUUGCACUCACGUCCGUGUCAAUGGACAAAGGGUACCAAUGACACCGAAAAUGGCACAACGUAUAGUAAGCCAGUGUGUGCAGUACGGAACUGGAAGGGAUACUUUACGAUGCCUUGCACUUGGAACGAUUGACAGCCCUCCACAACGAUCAUCGAUGAACCUUGAGGACUCCUCAUCGUUCAUAAAAUACGAACGAGACAUAACUUUUGUCGGAGUGGUUGGUAUGCUCGAUCCUCCUCGAACUGAAGUUUUGAAUUCGAUAAAAGAGUGUCGUGAAGCAGGAAUCCGUGUUAUUAUGAUUACUGGUGAUAACAAGAAUACUGCAGAAGCAAUCGGUCGUCGUAUUGGACUCUUCUCUGAAGAAGAGGACACGACAGGAAAGGCAUACACUGGACGCGAGUUUGAUGAUCUUCCACCUGAACAGCAGAGUGAUGCCUGUAGACGAGCAAAACUUUUUGCGCGUGUUGAGCCUACUCAUAAAUCGAAAAUCGUUGAGUAUUUGCAGUCUCAUGGUGAGAUUACUGCAAUGACUGGUGAUGGUGUCAACGAUGCUCCUGCGCUAAAGAAAGCCGAAAUUGGUAUUGCAAUGGGUUCUGGUACUGCUGUAGCAAAAAGUGCAUCUGAAAUGGUGUUAGCGGACGACAACUUUGCGACAAUUGUUUCUGCUGUUGAAGAAGGGCGAGCUAUUUACAAUAACAUGAAGCAGUUUAUUCGGUAUUUGAUCUCGUCGAACGUGGGAGAAGUCGUUUCUAUCUUCUUAGUAGCUGCUAUGGGCAUUCCUGAAGCUCUUAUCCCUGUUCAACUUCUUUGGGUAAAUCUAGUCACUGAUGGUCUCCCCGCGACAGCUCUCGGCUUCAAUCCUCCUGAUCUUGAUAUUAUGGAUCGUCCUCCUCGCUCUGCUGAUGAGUCUUUGAUUUCAAAAUGGUUGUUCUUCCGAUACUUGGCUGUUGGAGCUUACGUUGGCUUUGCUACUGUUAGUGCGUCAUUGUGGUGGUUCCUUCUAUAUGAAGAUGGCCCACAGAUCAGCUAUUACCAACUGACCCAUUGGAUGCGUUGUGAAAUUGAGCCAGAGAAUUUCGCUGAUCUUGAUUGCGCUGUAUUUGACGACACUCAUCCCAAUGCAAUGGCACUUUCUGUACUAGUUACUAUAGAAAUGGCCAAUGCUCUUAACAGUUUAUCCGAAAACCAGUCUUUGUUGGUAAUGCAACCUUGGAGGAAUAUGUGGCUUGUGUCCGCAAUUGCAUUAUCAAUGUCACUUCAUUUCGUGGUUCUUUAUGUCGAUAUUUUGUCGACGAUCUUCCAAAUUACACCGCUUAAUUUCACAGAGUGGAUGGCGGUCUUGAAGAUAUCAUUCCCUGUUAUCGUUUUGGACGAAAUUCUAAAGUUCAUCGCACGAAAUUAUGUUGACGGUGAGCGUGAUGGUGAUACUGUAAAAGUCAAACCUAUAUUUUCACUAAAAGCAGUAACCACUAUAUUUGGCCUAUUUUUAGUAUGGCUUGGGUACUUUUAUUGGUUGUUAGCGCCAUAUUUUUCACAAAUUUUACAUGCUAUAGGUAGGGGUCCUAGGACAAUGCAGUAUCAUGUUGAAUUGUGA